UCCGGGUCCUGGAAUCCCGGCCUGCGCGGGGGAUCCCGGGUAGUGUGCUCGGGUGGACGGCCACGCCGAGGCGCAGAGCCUCCGUCUGCAUCCGGCAGAGGACGCGGAGCCCCCGUCCCCGCCCGCCGUCCGUCCCCGGAACAGCCCUCUGAGGGGUUCCUUUCUCCAUGGAGAGCAGGAAAGUUGCUCUGAGACCUUGGAAAGCCAGGAGAGAGUGCCCAGGGAAGAUCAGUUGGUUGGUGUCUGUAAAGGAGGGGCUGUAGAGACCAGUGGCCAAGACUUCCAGCAUUUUGGGAUGCCUGAAGAGCCCCUGUGGGAUGAGGCAGAUCCAUGAGCUGGGGAGGAGGGCAGAAGUACUGUCCAUCUCAGCCAGGCUCUGGUCACAGUCCCUUGUGAGCAGGCCUGGGUUUGUGUUGCAGGCUUUCGUGACAUUUGGGGAUGUGGCUGUGGAUUUCACGCAGAAGGAAUGGGAGCUGCUGAGCCCUGCACAGAGGGCCCUGUACCGACACGUGAUGCUGGAGAACUUUAGCCACCUGGUCUCACUGGGAAUUACCUGUUCUAAACCAGACCUCAUCACUUGGUUGGAACGAGUGGGAGAGCCAUGGAGGGAAGAGAGGAGACACCGGCCAGUCACCUGUCCAGCAGAAGCAAAGUCAGAAAUACCUCUCUCUCCCUGCUGCCCCCUGGCCUACAGUCAGCACAUCCUCAUCAGGCACACGAUUCAUGACCAUUCUGCUCAGAUGUCUGCAGGUGCAUAUGCAACAAAUUAUCCACAGCCAAGGAGUCCUGGCCUGGAGCACCAGGAACAAGAGCAGGAAGAACUCUCUCAUCAGAGUGACCAGAGUGAUUGGGCAGCAGGUCAAGAGAGAGAAGAAAACUCCCAGACCUUGUUGAGGAGGGGGAGUCAGAUGUCUGGGAUAACUUCCAGCCCACACCCCACCCAGGCAGUAAGUCUGGGGGAAAGGAACUCAGUGGUGGAAAUAGAUGGCAGUCAAGCUCAGAGGGGAAAUCCUAAAGAAACAGGCAAAGUAUUAAAAGGAAGAGAAAAUUCAAGAUGGGAAGCAUUCCGAUGUGCUGAGUCUGGGCAAUGCUUUAGCCAGAAGACAAAGCUGCUUGAUCACAGAAAAGCACAUCAUGGACAGAAUCUUUUAACAUGCAGGGAGUGUGGACAGGACUUUACUGAUAAGUCAGCACUAUUCUCACACCAGAAGACUCACCCAGGAGAGAUUUCAUAUAUGUGCAGGGAGGGUGGGCUAGACUUCAGCAGUAAUUCUAACCUUAUAACAUGCAGGAAGUCACACUCAGGGGAGAAACCUUUUCUGUGCAAGGAAUGUGGGCAAUGCUUUGCCCGAAAAUCAUCCCUGAUCUCCCAUCAGUGGAAACACUCAGGCCAGAAGCCUUUUCUGUGCAAGGAGUGUGGGCAAGGCUUUAUCCAGAAAUCAUCCCUGAUCUCCCACCAGUGGAAACACUCAGGUGUAAAGCCUUUUGUGUGCAGGUUUUGUGGGCAAAGUUUUAGCUUGAAGUCAAGUCUCCUGAGACAUCAGAAGACACACUCAGUGGAGAAGCCUUUUGUGUGCAAGGAGUGUGGGCGAGGCUUUAUCCGAAAAUCAUCUCUGAUUUCCCACCAGUGGAAACACUCAGGAGAGAAGCCUUUUGUGUGCAAGGAGUGUGGACAAGGCUUUAUUGAAAAAUCAUCCCUGAUCUCCCACCAGUGGAAACACUCAGGGGAGAACCCUUUAGUGUGCAGGUAUUGUGGGAGAAGUUUUAGCUUAAAGUCAAAUCUCCUGAGACAUCAAAAGACACAUUCAGGGGAGAAGCCUUUUGUUUGCAGGUAUUGUGGGCGAAGUUUUAGCUUACAGUCAAAUCUCCUGAGACAUCAAAAGACACACUCAGGGGAGAAGCCUUUUGUGUGCAUGUAUUGUGGGAGAAAUUUUAGGUGGAAGUCAAAUCUCCUAAGACAUCAGAAGGCACAUUUGGGGGAGAAGCCUUUUGUGUGCAAGGAUUGUGGGCAAGGCUUUAUUGAAAAGUCAUGCCUCAUCUCUCAUCAGAGGACACAUUCGGGGGAGAAGCCUUUUGUGUGCAGGUAUUGUGGGCGAUCUUUUAACUGGAAGUCAAAUCUCCUGAGACAUCAGAAGACACACUCAGGGGAGAAGCCUUUUGUGUGCAAGGAAUGUGGGCAAGGCUUUAUCCAAAAAUCAUACCUGAUCUCCCACCAGAGGACACACUCAGGGGAGAAGCCUUUUGUGUGCAUGUAUUGUGGGAGAAGUUUUAGCUGGAAGUCAAAUCUCUUGACCCAUCAGAAGAUACAUUCAGGGGAGAAGCCUUUUGUGUGCAAGGAGUGUGGGCAAAGCUUUAUCCAAAAAUCAUCCCUGAUCUCCCACAAGUGGAAACACUCAGGGGAGAAGCCAUUUGUGUGCAAGGAGUGUGGGCAAGGCUUUAUCCGAAAAUCAUCUCUGAUCUCCCACCUGUGGACACACUCGGGGAGAAGCCUUUUGUGUACAGGUAUUGUGGAUGAUGUUUUACCUGGAAGUCCAAUCUCCUAAUACAUCAGAAGACACACAACACUCACCUGAGAAGAAUUUUCUGUGCAUGUAGUAUGGGAAAAGCUUUAUCCAAAGAUCAUCACUGAUUUCCCACCAUGAAAAUGGGAGAAACCUUUUGUGUGCAAGGAGUGUUGGCAAGGCUUUUUCCAAAAAUUGUCCCUGAUCUCCAUCCAGUGGAAACACUUAGAUGAGAAGCUUUAUGUCUAGUGAUUCUGCAGUGAUUUGCAAGUCAGGCCUAGUGAUACACAAGAGCACAGUCUUGGGGAAGGAGUGUGAGUGAGUCUAUAUCUGUAAGUCUGACAUCACCAUGUGAGAAAAUACACUCAGCAGAAAAACCUACUGAAUGCCAGGAUGUGGGCACAGGAUUAUUGAUAUCACACAGCAGUCUGAAGGCAGACUUAGGAGAGAAUCAUUUGCAUAUGGGGAACAUGAGUGAGGCCUUACUGGACAGUCAUCCCUCCCCUGGCCCCAAUGCACACAUGGAGAAAAGAGCCCGUGUGUGCUGCAGGGUGAGAAAGAUGAGCCAUAAUCACACCUGUGAGUAUCAGAGGUUCCACUCAGCAGGGAAGCACUUCUUGUGUGGACAGUGUGGCCAAAACAUUAGUUAGAAGUCAAGAGGCACAGAAAAUAUAUGCUCACCAUGUAUCAACUCCCCAUCUAAUUUCCAGAGAAACUUCAGGAGUCCAUUGACUACAGGUGUAUAAGUAGCAAUUACCACAGUUUCUCUCUUAGGGGCUUCCUUAAAGAAAGGAUCUAUGGACAGUGACCUGAUGGCUGAGCGUCUGUACCUCAGGGUCUGCUUGUGGUGGUCUGCCUUUACCAUCCAGUAACUGUGCCUUUACAAAGCCACAGCUGAGCCCGUGACCUCGCUCACAGAUGCGUCAUGCAGGCUGAGGGGAUCCACAGGGCUACUGAGACUUGAAUUUGGAGACAUUUCCCAACCAGGAGGAAAACAAGUCUCUGUGGUCUUGAAUAUUUAUUGUAGAUUCUGAGACAAGAGGUCCAGUUUUGAGAAACAGAGAUGCCAGCGGAGGGGAGGGAAUUACCUGGGCUCCUGAGGAAAUAUCUCUCUCCUGCAGACUGGGUCUUGUGCCGGGCCACGCUUCCCAUGGGCUGUUCUGAGCCAGUGAUGACAGUCCGGGGACAGGGGCAGGCCUGUUGCUGACACAUCCUUCCUGAGGCUACACAGCAGCCCAGGACUCUUCCGCCAAAUGCUCCUGCUGCCUGCCCCCUCCCAUCUGGCCUUGGCUUCUCCCUGUGUCCUCACACACAGUCUGUCUCCAAAUAAAACCCAUGUUAAUUCAUUUCCA